AGGUCAAGGUUCUGGGCCCCCAAAAGCUCUCUCUAGCUAGCUCUAGCUCUUCUAAAAUGGUCUCAAUAUCAACUGAUGUUGAGUUUCACAUUAGGAGCAACACACCAUGGCCUAAGCUACCCACCACAGUCAAAUCAUCUCUCGGCAAUGCACCAGGACUGUAUGACAAGGCAGUACUGGAUUACAGUGUAAAGAACCAGCUACGAUGGAGGAUGAAUAUAGUGAAGAUUGUGAGCAAGGAUGAGCGAAAGUAUUACGAGCACCUGCUGCAUUACAGCAAAAUCAAUCUGAUGCUGUACCCAUACCACCUGCAAGACAAGAUGAUUGAGGGGCUACGAGUGACUCCCUUCCUCUACUACUCCAACAUGAUGCAGGACAUCAUGACAAGUGAGAGAAGUUACGACUCACUGCCCAACUUCACAGCUGCAGACUGUCUACGUCUCAUGGGUAUUGGACGCAAUCAGUACAUAGAGCUGAUGAACCAGUAUAGAGCUAAGAAGUUCUUUCGGAGGAGGAAUGUUCGAGAGCUAUUGCCUACACACCCUAUCAAGAUCACCCACGUGGAACCGUGGUGGGUCGUACAUAUCGGCUAUGUUACCGAGGAUGACGUCAAGGCGAGCACACCCGAUGAGCAUCAGGCGGUUGACAAGGUGAUAGACAAGGGGAAGAAGUUGGAGGCGGGGGUCAUCAAUCGCAGCACUAUACUGAAACUGUACAACCGAGGGCUUUUCUACUUCCACAUACCAAUAGCUGACACGGACAUCAUUGUGGUGCCCCCCCUCCAGGGGUUCGUCAUGAAUCGGGUGCAGGGGGACUAUUUCGAGACUCUCCUCUACAAGAUAUUCGUGUCCAUUGAUGAGCAUACCAAUAUUGCUGAGCUGGCAAAUGUCCUCCAGAUUGACCCCGAGCUUGUCAAGAAUGCAGUCUCAGUGUUCAUCCGGCUCGGGUUUGCCCAUAAGAAGGAGGUGGACGUGGCUCAGCGUUACCAUACCAGCUGGAUGGACUCAUUCUCUCCCGCACACACCUCACCACUCCUACCCCUCACAGUGAGGGACACGCCCACCAACGACACCUCAAGUAUGCCCUCCUCCGAGGCCUCUAGUCCAGACCCGAGUGACUCCCUGGUGGGUGUGUCCUCCAGUGGAGUGUUUCAGAAGAGGCUGGCCUUCCUCUUUGACUCCACCCUUACUGCCUUUCUUAUGAUGGGAAACCUCUCACCAGGUCUCAAGAACCACGCUGUGACCAUGUUUGAGGUGGGUAAGCUGACAGACGAGAGCCUCGACUCCUUCAUCACUGAAUUGGGCAAGGUAAGCAGGCAAGCUGAGGGUGAGGCGAGACGUUACUACGAGCAUGCCAUCACUCUCAGGAACACCGUCCUCUUUCUACGUAACAACCCGGCUCUGAAAGGGGGUGGGUCAGAUGGUUGUGGUCUCAAAGUGGACCUUCUGCGGCUGGAGAGCAUGGCCAGUCUGGACACGGGCACGCUCAGUAGGAUUCUGCAGAAGAACUACAGCAUUCUGGUUUCCAUGGCACCGCUGAGUCAAGAGGUGCAGUCCGUCAGCAGCUGCUCCCCUCCACACCUCGGGCCAGCCAUCGCUGAAAUGAACAGCAUCUGGUAUCGUCUGUGGCUCUAUCAGAAGCUCGGCUCCGGACCACCCUCCCUUCUCCUGGCAAAGGGGAACAGACUCAGGAGACUACCGGCACUUAUUAAGGGUUACAGUCGAGUGGUGGUGACAACAUGGGGUCACGACCCCACCGUAGUACUGGUCUCCAACCUCCUCCUCACUGUCAAUGAUGCCCUUACGCACUCGGCAGUCCUCGUUCAGGGUCACGGGUGGAGGGAAGAGGGGUUGGAACAAACCAUCCCAUUCCCAUUCGACAGAGACGAGGAGAUCCCCAUUCCAGAAGACGACCUAUUGAACCACCCGUGUCUGAAGCAGCUGGAACGAGACCUGGAUAUUCAGCACACAUGCGGCUAUAUUCGUCUGCUCAAGAGUGGUGCUCCGGCCUUGAAGCCACGCACACCUCGACAUGCUGUUAGAAAGACGGUCGGAAAUAAAACUAAAAACGCAGAGAUUUCCAGUUUCCUAGACGACCUUCGUGAACUUGGAAUUGGUCAAUCUCAAACUGAAGAGCCAACUGAAACCACAGUUCAGAAUGGAACCGAGGCAGAAGAGAUAUCACGUUCCGAUAAUUCAGAGGAAGAAUCCGAUACCAUGUCACCAGUUGAGAGGAAAAUUGCAUCUGAAUGGGUUCCACUGGAAUUGAGUUUUGGAAUACCACUAUUCAGUGAUAAGGACAACACAGCUGUAUGUGACAAGAUCAGAGAGUGUGAACUGUUCAAUGUGGAGAACCUUCAGAGGCAGAUCCAGUCAAACAGACUCAUGGCACUAGAGCUGCUCUCCUUCAUCAGUUCUUAUCAGGACGUUCCUUACUUUAUGGAAGGCUUGGAGAGCUCCCACUUCACAGAUUCCGCCCCAAGCACACCCCCAAUCCCCAUGCCAACCAGAAACCUAAUGUUCCACAACGGGACGCUAUCAGACUACAAUGAGAUAACAGAUUAAUUUUGUAUAAUUAUUAUAGAGCAAUUGUUUGUAUGAUUGUAAGUAAAUACAGGUAAUUUGAUUGUUAUGGCAAUUCUGAAUAAUUGCUGCAGUGGUAAAAA